AUGCCUCUCACGGCCUCCUCUCCCACCCGCUUCCACACCCUUCAAAACAUAUCUAUAAUUCUUCUAUCCGCAAUCUUCGCUCCGCUCUGCACACUUGUUGCCAUCCUUAGUCACAUAAUAUCACCCUUCACCAAAACUUCAAGACACAUCGAGCGCCACCGCCAAUGGAGAAAGAUAUCCUCAUCGACAUUUAGACCCCGCACCGUUCUAGUCACGGGAAUUGGCACGGAUAAAGGUCUUAUGCUCGCGCGAGCAUUCUACCGCGCAGGCCACUGUGUCAUUGGGGCAGACUUCGAGCCAUAUUAUAUUCCCGUCGCCGGUCAUUUCUCCAAGUCCAUGGAAGAUGCAGAAGCAGCAGAAGUCAUUGAGAGAGAGACGAAAUGCAGAGCCAUCCAAUUCAGCCCCAGCCUUACGAGUACCCUUCAAGAAGAGCUCUCAUUCAUAAAGCAUACCCGGAAUCUAGGACUUAACGUCCCAAACACUCACAUUAUAACCUCCGAGAUGGAAGUCCUCAGGAUCCUCUAUCCAUCGCCCCCUGACCUCUCAUCAACCAAACCCCAAGCUCAGGACGAACAAUACACCAUAAAACCCGUCAACCCAGACGACCCCAAUACCACACUCCUCCCUCUACCCUCCUUCCAAGAAACACAAUCACACAUCCGGCAUCUAAACCCAGCACCUUCCCAUCCCUUCAUUCUACAACAAUUCACACCCGGCCAAGAAUACCUCACACACUCCCUAAUCCUGCAAGGAACCCUAAAAGCCUUCGUCGCCUGUCCAUCCCCCUCCUCACACAUCACACAUUUCGCCCCCCUCUACUCAACCAGCGCCCUCUCACUCGCCAUGCAAACCUACACCUCAGAAUACGCACGCAAAACCGGCCUCACCAUUACAGGGCACCUCUCCCUCACAUUCCUCAUCGCCGAUGCCAUUGCCAAUAAUGAGGAAUCUCAUUUCGGUGUCUCAGCCACGGAAAUCCAGCACCUAAUGACAAAGAUAUACGCCAUAUCAUGUAGUCCUCGAGUCCAUGCAUCCACCAUCCUAUUAUCAGACUCCAGCGAAGACCUAGCGGAAAUAUACCUAUCCCUGCUCCCCGGCCACGAACCACCAGGUAUCGCCAACGGUCAUCGAGAUCCUCAACAGAUUGUGGUUCCUAGCCCUGCAAUAGAAGGGUAUUAUUUUCUCGGAUAUGAUGUUUUGAACCUUGUUUGUAUGCCGUUUUUGAAGGUGCUUAAGUGGGAGACGGGUAUUAGGACCAUGGUGCAGUGUUGGCUGCUGUUUGCGGGACAUGUGCUAUUUUGGAGGGAAGCGAUGUGGGAGUUUUGGGAUCCGUGGCCGUGGUGGUUUACGUAUGUGGUGUAUUGGCCUUUGAUGUUUGGCGUGCGGUUGUGGGAGGGAAAGGGGAGUGGUGAAGUUAGCACAGGGGAGAUGACAAGUGCUAAAUGA